GACAUCUCUCCACUCUGGUGCUGUGGCUUCUUCUCCUCACAAUUCAGGACAUAGCAGGUGCUGAGGAGCUGAGGCUGGUGAAUGGAGGCAGCCCCUGUGCCGGGAGAGUGGAGGUUAAACACCAAGAUCAGUGGGGGACGGUGUGUAGUGAUCGCUGGGACAUGGCAGAUGCUGGGGUUGUCUGUAAGCAGUUGGGAUGUGAAGCUGCUGUCACUGUCCAUCAUUAUGCUCAUUUCGGAGCAGGAUCUGGACCAAUUUGGCUGGAUGAAGUUGCCUGCGAUGGUACUGAGUCUGCGCUCUGGCACUGCGGGAACGAGGGAUGGGGUCAGAAUGACUGCGGUCAUGGAGAGGAUGCUGGAGUGACCUGUUCAGGGCACAUUAAGCCCCGGCUGGUUGGAGGGCAUAGUGGCUGUUCGGGACGUGUGGAAAUAAGAGAUGGAGAAACAUGGACCACAGUCUGUGAUGCCCACUUUGAUCUCAAAGCUGCCAACGUUAUCUGUAAUGAACUACAAUGUGGAACAGCUCUGUCCAUCCUAGGAGGAGCUCACUUUGGAGAAGGACAUGGACCAAUCUGGACUGAAGCGUUCCAGUGUGUGGGGAAUGAGUCUCACCAUGCGUUCUGUCCCAGGAUAUCGAACAUCAGUCAGACAUGCUCACACGCAAAUGAUGCUGGAGCCAUAUGCUCAGUGCACACAGGUUUCCGGCUGGUGAACGGCAGCACAACAUGCUCAGGGAGGGUGGAGAUCCAGGUUCUUGGUGCCUGGGGAACCCUCUGUGACUCACGCUGGGAUUUACCAGAUGCCAACGUUCUCUGUCGACAGCUCGACUGUGGAUUCUCUAUAUCAGCCCCAGGAGGAGGGUAUUUUGGGAGGGGAACUGUCUCUGUCCGGACUGACACAUUUCACUGUAAAGGAACUGAACCUCAUUUAGGGUAUUGCCCUGUUACUGCCCUGGGGGCCUCUCAGUGCUCCCACGACAAUGAUGCCAGUGUGGUUUGCUCAGGUCACUCUGAAUCACUCAGACUGCUGAAUGGAGAGAGCCGGUGUGAUGGGAGAGUUGAGAUUUCCCUCCAUGGUGUGUGGGGCAGAGUGCUGGAUGAUCAGUGGGACAUGAACGAUGCCAGCGUGGUGUGCAGGCAGCUCCGGUGUGGAGUCGCUGAGAAAGCUUAUAACCCCCCUAAGUCUGAGCGAGGAACAGGCCCCGUGGGGCUGAGAAGGGUCCAGUGUGCAGGAAAUGAGACUCGUCUGACUCUCUGUGACAACUCCACAUCUGAGACAGCCCAGGCAGGAAUUGCUGAGGACGUGGGUGUCGUUUGUUCAGGAAGCAGGCGGAUCAGACUGGUGAAUGGGGCAGGUCGCUGUGCUGGGAGAGUGGAGAUUUAUUACAAUGGCAGCUGGGGGACAGUCUGUGAUGAUUUCUGGGACCUACUGGACUCCAAUGUUGUCUGCAAACAACUGGGAUGUGGACACGCCAUCAGUGCAACUGUCUCUGCUCAUUAUGGGGAAGGAUCCGGGCAGAUCUGGCUGGAUGACGUGAACUGCUCUGGGAAUGAAUCCGAUCUCUGGUCGUGUCCUUCCAGGGGCUGGGGCCAGCACAACUGCAGACACAAAGAGGACGCCAGAGUUCUCUGCUCAGAGUUCACAGAUCUGAGGCUGGUGAGCGACAGUGACUGUGCUGGGCGGCUGGAGGUUUUCUACAAUGGGACGUGGGGCAGUGUUUGCUCCAAUGGCAUGUCUGAAGUCACCGCAACAAUUGUCUGCAAACAGCUGAACUGUGGGGACGGAGGGUAUAUUGCAGAAGUCUCAGAAUAUGGAAAGGGUCCCACAUGGCUGGACCACGUUAGAUGCAGUGAGCAGCACAGCUCCCUCUGGCAGUGCCCAUCAGUGCCCUGGAAUCCAAAGUCGUGUGAAAACCGAGAAGAAGAGACCCAUAUUUCUUGCACUGGAAAAAAAGCAAAACCAAAUCGAAACCCAUUCACCGAGUGCCCGAACUCUCCAAGCUGCACAGACCAGGAGAAGUUACGUGUCAUGGGAGGAAAGGACAGAUGCGAGGGGAGAGUGGAGGUUUGGUACCAUGGUUCCUGGGGGACAGUUUGUGAUGACUCCUGGGACAUGGCAGAUGCUAACGUUGUGUGUAAACUACUGGGCUGUGGAUCUGCUUUAUCUGCCCCGGACAAGGCUGCAUUCGGCGAGGGGACUGGUCCCAUCUGGGUGGAGACAUUGAAUUGCAGAGGGACAGAGUCAUCUCUCUGGGACUGUCCUGCCAAGCCCUGGGGUGAGAGCAACUGUGGUCAUAAGGAAGAUGCUGCUGUGAAUUGCUCAGGUGGGACAGAGAGGACAGAUUCUCCAAAUACCCCAGCUCCCCCGCGCCGUCCUCCCACUGACAGUGGGAGAAUCACGGUGCCCGUGGUCGUCUGCAUUAUCCUGGGGGCCCUGCUCUGCCUGGUCUUAAUCAUCCUGGGGGCGCAGGUGCGAAGUGCCAGGGCACAGCGCAGAGGUUCCAGAAGACCCUUGGAUCCCUUCUCUGAGGCCGUGUAUGAGGAGAUUGAUUAUAACCUGAUGAGAGAGAAGCAGGAGAUGUUCAGUCGCUCAGUCUCCUAUUCAGAUGACUCAGUGAUGAAGCUGCAGUAUUACACCGGGGACAGUGAGGGGGAAAAUGAUCCUGGAUCAGAACAAGAGGGAGCUUCCCCAGGGGGGUCUCAGUUGGAUUAUGAUAAUGUGGAGGAGCCUGCCUUGAACGACGUCUCCCAGACUCCAGAUGGCCAAGAUGCCCCUGCCCUGCCUGGAGAUGUCCCAGGGGAUGGUUAUGAUGAUGCCAGAGAAGUGUCUGAGCCUGAAGAUGACCCUGGUUUGGGGCAGAAUGAUGAGAAAGGCACUGGUGCGAGUGACAGGAACAGGGAUUCACAGACAGGCUGGAGUCUGCACUCUCUAAGGAAUGAAGGUGUCUCUGCGACAGAGAAAGAAACCCUGUUCCUGCCUCCUGGAGACACAAGUUAUGAUGAUGUGGGACAUGGUGACUCGGGGGGAAUCAGUAUCAGAGAAAUGCAAUUGGACCAAAUAACCUUGGGAUAAUGUAAAAGCUUUCCCUCUUUCUCUCAGAAAUGCUCCCUCUGGCAUGAUGCCCAGAGACAGUCCCUGCCUGGUAGAUAGACAAAGCAGAUGUUUCUUUAGGGUUUGUGUGAAGUUGCAGGAAAUACAAGUGUGAUUGGGAAAAAGUUCAGAGAUUUCCUCUGUGUAACUUCCAUUGAUUGACCAGGAUGGAAGUUUCCUGCUUUUUUAUCCCUGUAAUUUCUUCAGGUUCAA